GGAUCUUGGUAGUCUUAGUUUUCAGGCUUUAUUUAUUUGUUUUCUUUAGGUAGUUUUGGUUAGGGGGAGCUGCUGACUCCAACAGUCAACAUGAUGGGUCAGCAGUCUCCAUGACUUAUUUAUGUUUCGCCAAGGAGACACCAUGGAGAUAAAAGAACCACAUGUGGAUCUGAAGCUGCAUGUUCCAGGCCUCUGACCUAUGGAGAAACUGGGAGGGGUUAAAGAGAAGAAACAUCUUAUUAUACUGUUGUUGUUGUCACGGCAGAUGUUUUCUCUUACAAGCAAACCCUCACUCUUUGUCUUUCAGAUUUAUGACGCAGAGGGAACAUUACUGCACUUUAUCGAUGGAAAUGAUCCCAGUAAGUCCAGUUGGAUGAGGUACAUCCGCUGUGCCAGACACUGUGGAGAGCAGAACAUGAUGGUGGUGCAGUACAGGUCCUGCAUCUUCUACAGAGCGUGUGUGGACAUUCCCAGAGGAACGGAGCUGCUGGUUUGGUACAAUGACUCCUACACCUCCUUCUUUGGCAUCCCGCUGCAGUGCAUCGCCCAGGACGAAAACUUGAACGUUCCUGCCACAGUGAUGGAAGCCAUGAGCAGACAAGAGUCCCUGCAGAGCUUCAGCAAAAACGCCAAGCCGUCUUCCUCCUCGUCGUCUUCCUCUGCGAUCCCCACCCUCAUCCGCUCCAUGGUCUUCCCCCACUCCCCCUGCUCUCGGAGUUUCUCUCUGCUGGACAAGGUCGGAGCUCAGUCGGACUCCAGUUUCGGUCAUUUAGGGUCCAAGAACCAGCGAGUCCUGGCGAGCCCGACCUCCACCAGCCAGCUGAGCAGUGAGUUCAGCGACUGGCAUUUGUGGAAGUGUGGGCAGUGCUUCAAGACCUUCACCCAGAGGAUUCUGCUGCAGAUGCAUGUCUGCCCACAGAAUCCCGACAGGCCCUACCAGUGUGGCCAUUGCUCCCAGUCCUUCUCUCAGCCGUCCGAGCUGAGGAACCAUGUGGUGACGCACUCCAGUGACCGGCCCUUCAAGUGUGGAUACUGCGGGCGGGCGUUCGCCGGCGCCACCACACUCAACAACCACAUCCGCACGCACACCGGAGAGAAGCCGUUCAAGUGCGAGCGUUGCGACCGCAGCUUCACACAGGCCACUCAGCUCAGCCGCCAUCAACGACUUCCCAACGAGUGCAAACCGAUGAACGAGAGCAGCGAGUCCAUCGAGGUGGAUUAACCCCCCCCCCCCCAACCACUAGUGUCAGCUCCACCUGAAAACAUCUAGAAACAGUUUUAUAAAGAGGGGGAUGGAGGUUAGAGAGGGCCUCAUCUGUGUCUGCGAGGACUGAUCUAGAGGAUAUUUUCAGAUGGAGCUGACAAAUGUAAACCCGACUGAGCGACUGAGAAAGACGUCACCUGGACUUCUUCCUCGCUGAACCAAACCAAAGAUCCUUCUUCCAGCGGAGGAGCUGAACUUCCAGGUGGAGGAGUUGGAGGAACUCUCUGACUUUUGGAGACUUCUCAACUUGUUUUCUUCCAAAGAAACUUUUCUCUGAUUUUGACAAAACUGUUGAUAUACCAAAAAAGGUCAGAAUGUAGCUUUACUGCGCAGUUUCAUUCAUUCUCUUUGCAACUUUGAAGCCAAAGGAGACAAACCAAAGCAGACUGAGAGCGUCUGAAGGUGACUUUGAAUAAAUUAAAGAUGUGUUGAAAAAAAAAAAAAAAAAGAGCAAGACAUAAAUUCUAUUUAUCUUGUUGACCAUGUCAUGCCGCAAGCACUUUUGUUUUUCAAUGUUCAUGAGGUCAUUUUGCAGCUCGGCGGACAUGAGGAUGAGAAGAGCCUGUGAUUUCUUAUAGAAACAGUUCCCCGUGUUGACCAUGACUCUGACUCAGCAUGUGGUUGACGUCCUCUUUCUCUACUCAUGUUUUUAUCUUUGAUGUUCAGCUCUCUGAAGGGGCAGAGGUUUAACCAGCACUCCUCCACCUCCUCGUGAUGAAGAUGGUUCAUCCUCACACGUGUAAAUACUUCUGUGUCCAUAGGAAUGAGGGUUAAAAACUCAGUUAUUCCACCAACGCCUGAUCAGACCAGCAGAGGGAUGGAACUCCAGAUCUGUGUCCUGAAAGUCCAGCUGAAACAUCACGGCGGUCCUGAAACAGCUCCGUACUCCUUGGAGUGAGACUGGACCAAAAAUGGAUCUGAAAACUGAAUGUUUCUGACCUGCAGCUGAGCUUCACUGCUGGAUCUUUCUGGAUCGGCAGAACAGAACCAAACGGGCUGAAGAAGUCAGGACCGGGUUUUGACUCGUCCUUGUUUGCAUGAUUUCCUGACUCCCUCUUUUGUAAUGAAUGUACAGAAUGAAACCUGAAACCAAAAAGACAUCGUUCCUCUGGAAAUAAAGCUGAAAAAAGUUUUUAAUCUUA